GAGCAGAACCCUUUCGAGCUGGCCUUCUCCCUGGACCAGGCCCACCACGGGGACCCUGCCUUCCACCCGCAGUGCGAGACCCGCCCCGUCUACCAGCUGCAGGAGGACGUGCUGGGGGAGGGCGCCCACGCGCGCGUGCAGACCUGCGUCAACCUCAUCACCAACCAGGAGUACGCCGUCAAGAUCAUUGAGAAGCAGCUGGACCACAUUCGGAGCCGGGUCUUCCGGGAGGUGGAAAUGCUGUAUCAGUGCCAGGGACACAGGAACGUGCUGGAGCUGAUCGAGUUCUUCGAGGAGGAAGACCGCUUCUACCUGGUGUUCGAGAAGAUGCGUGGUG